AUGGUGUUCAUAAGGCCUGGUUGCGAUUAUCAAUUCCAGACAACACAUUCCAUCAGCGCCUUCAAGCGUCUUCAAGCUUGCUUUGUCAUCAAUCCACUGACACAUUGUCAAAGCAACAUUCAGGACUCGAUCCAGGUCCGUGGCUGGUUGUGUGACCUGCAGAUCGCCACUGCUUGCGAUGAGUGGAGAGGCAUGGGCAGCUUUGUAGGUUCAGAAACUGCAAAGUCAAAUGCUCCAGUUUGGAUGCUAACACCGCCAAAUGGUGCUGCGGGAAGUGUGCAACCUGUGCCUUUGACAUCAUCUUCUGCAGGCCCUGGGGAUCUGCAGUGGCCUGACAAGAAGAUGGUGGUUGCAAUGAGUGACCCCUGCCAUCUGCCUGCAAAUCCUGGCUGGAUUCUGCGAAAUGUACUGAUACUUGUGGCAAAGAGAUGGACCUGCACAUCUGUGAGGGUGGUGUGCAUUCGUGAGCGCCAAGGCCGCUCUGAUCCCUGUGCCAGCAUUGUUCUGGAUGUCAACAUCAUGGCCAUCCCCAACGAUGUGGAUAACUGUGUCCAACAUGCUUCGGGAUGGGAGGCAAAUCAAGCAGGGAAAUCUGCACCAAGGCUUGCGAAUUUGAGGUCGUACUUUGAUCCUGUUCAGAUGGCAGAGCAGGCUGUCGAUCUUAACCUGCGCCUGAUGCUGUGGAGAGCGGCUCCGAAUCUGGACACCAGGAAAAUAGCAGAUACGAAGUGCCUGCUGCUGGGCAUGGGCACCCUCGGUUGUGCCGUGUCCCGGACUCUGGUAGGGUGGGGGGUUCGCCACAUUACCUGCGUGGACUCUGGGCGCGUGGCGUUUUCAAAUCCAGCCAGGCAGUCACUGUACGAGUUUGAGGAUUGUCUGGAAGGGGGAAAGCCGAAGGCAGAGUGUGCAGCACAGCACCUGAAACGGAUAUUCCCUGCUUUGGAAGUGAAGGGCGUCAUGCUGACAAUCCCAAUGCCAGGACACCCUGCUACAUCACAAGAAGAGUCCCAAUCCCUCAAGGAGGCAACUGAGCAACUUCAUGACUUGGUGAUGUCGCAUGAUGUUGUUUUCCUCCUGACAGACACACGGGAAGCCCGCUGGCUGCCGAGCGUGCUGUGUACGGCGUUCAAUAAGAUUGCAAUCGAUAUUGCUCUGGGCUUUGAUAACUUCCUUGUGAUGCGUCAUGGAAGCGCUCCAGGCACCACUGGAGGCACUGCUGACAGGCGGCUGGGGUGUUAUUUUUGCAAUGACGUGGUUGCACCUCUCAAUUCAACAGCUGACCGUGCCCUUGAUCAGCAAUGCACAGUUGCUAGGCCAGGUCUCGCGCCAAUUGCAUCUUCCCUGGGGGUCGAGCUCCUUGCUGCCAUGAUCCAGCACCCUGAAGGAAUUCAUGCGCCAGCACUCCGUUCACCCAGUGCAUCGAAUGCAACAAGCUCAUCAGCAGAUGGUCCCUUGGGAGGGGUUCCCCACAUGAUAAGAGGCCAGCUGAGUGGUUUCUCGCAGGUGUGCAUGGAAGGCAGGGCAUUCAGCCAAUGCACAGCCUGUUCAUUGACGGUCGUCGAGGGAUAUUUGGCAGAAGGCUGGGACUUCGUGCAGAGAUCUCUGCAGGAGCCUAAGUUUCUGGAGGACCUCACGGGCCUGACUGCACUGCACCAAGUAGCUGAGUCAAUGGCCAAUUUCGACAUCGACGAUAGUGAAGCGGGCGUUGCCAACAAGGCCUGUCAUGACGAUGAGGAUGGGUGGACCACCCUCUAA